AUGGAAAAAAACUCUUAUCCUCCACAACGAGUCAACAACACCCAGUCUUCACCCACUGAAGGGAGAUUGAAGCAGCGGUCAAACAGCCUCACUGACCCCGCGACGUCCACGGGCGAUUCCCGCGAGAUCGGCGUUGUCGUCUUCCUUAUUCCCACCAUGUUUGCGGUUUUCCCAGUGUCCACAGUACCACAGCAGAACAACCUCGUCCACCCAGGGUGGGUCAGGACACCCCAGUCUUUCUCAACGGGCCCGGCAUGCCCCCCCACUUCGGAGAGGAUCUGGAAUCCUAGAAGGGAAAGGAAAAAGGCCUUGUUUCCGACAGGCCUUGUUUCCGACGAGAGAGAGGGCGGAGAAAGAUCAGAGCCAGGAGCCCUGGGAAGAGGAACCAGGGGCGGGAUGAAAUCAGUCGAAAGGGCCAAUGUCGGUGAAUUUGACCUUUUUUCUCCACAACUACAUCUGCCUGCCAACAAAAACUUACACGGCAUAUUGGAAGGCAAAGACAAACGGACCUCGGGCGCGCCCGAGCUUUUUUCUUUCUUUGCGUUCUUCUGCCGCUCCCGGACCCCCUUUUUUCCUUCUGGAACUUCCGUUGCUUGUGGAGCAUACAAGUUUAACGACCAAAUCGGCGGCGCCGAUGACGGAAACAGGGAGCCGGCCUGUCUGCCUACUGACAUUUCAUCAUCAUCCACCGUUCCGCCCACCGUAUACUACAUACGACGCGAGCAAGGGGUGGCGGCGGCGGUGGUGGUGGUAAUUCUUUCCGCGUCCCUUCUUCUUUCUCCACAGCCGGGAAUAAUGGCAGAUUGCAAGCCACACGGCACCGCCAGGGAGUUACACUGCAAGAACGAUGGGGGGAAGGGGAGGCAAGGGGGGUACUCGGGACGACCGAGCCGGAGCGGUGUGGAACUGCGGAACCUGCGGCGGUCGGCGCCGGCAGGUCUGUUCUUCAUGGGUAUCAAUAACCUCUAA